AUGUUCAGGGAAUUUCUUAAGGAUACGCACCCAGCACCGCACAAACUCCGAUUUCAUGACAAGCUCGUGGGAAAGACGUUGUCGACGGAUGCAUUGCAGAGAAAGCUGAAGGCUUUACAUACCGAGCUCGCGGAUAUCGACCAAGAUAAUGUCGAUACGGGCACAUUGGCUUUGGUCCGCAAGGACCUUAUCUCAACAUCCAUUCUUCUCCACAAAGACAAAGGUGUGAAGGCGUUUGCAGCAUGUUGCUUGGCAGAUCUUCUACGUUUGUAUGCGCCAGAUGCGCCAUAUACGGGGACGGAGUUAAAGGAUAUAUUUCAAUUCUUUUCUCGACAGCUGUAUGGUGGAUUGAAAUCAUCGAACGGGCCACACUUUACGGAGUACUAUUACCUUCUUGAGUCAUUAUCGAACGUGAAGAGCAUCGUUCUUGUCUGUGAUCUACCACAGGCGGAUGAACUGAUGUCGGAGAUAUUUCGGAAUUUCUUUGAGCUAGCUAAACAAGAUCUGCCAAGCAAUGUGCACACAUUUAUGACCGAUAUUCUGGUUGCACUAGUGGACGAAUGCAACACUGUUCCUCAAGAUGUACUUGAAGUCGUGUUGGCGCAAUUUCUGUCCAAUGCUGUGAGUAUAUCCCAUGUUGAUGGGAUACCUGAUACUGAAGCAUUACGAAAGUCAACCACAGAUGGUGGACGUAAACUCGCGAUCGCCGUCUGUACCGAGAGUGCAGAAAAGUUGCAGCGCUAUGUGUCUCAGUAUUUUACGGACAUAAUUCUACAACACAGCAAAGGAGAAGAUCUUGAGGAUCUCCGAGCCGCACAUGAUCUCAUUAAGCAGCUGAACCGUGACUGUUCUGGUCUGCUACUCAAUGUAAUCCCUCAGCUUGAAGAAGAGCUUCGAGUGGACGAGCUAGAUAUUCGACUUAUGUCGACAGAGACCUUGGGAGCUAUGUUCGGGGAGAAGACCCUGCUCGGUAGCGGGGAGUUGACGAAGAAAUAUCCUUCGGCCUGGCGAACAUGGCUUCUUCGUCAGAAUGACAAGGUCGCUGUAGUACGCGUGGCAGUGCUCGAUGCUGUUCCCAGUCUGCUUAUAAAUCAUCCAGAGCAGAGGAGUGAUGCUGAAGAAAUCUUACAACGCAAACUGCUUGACCCCGAUGAGAAAGUUCGAGUUGCAGCAUGUAAAGUCUGCUCACGCCUCGAUGUUGAGAUCGUUCUACAGUACAUCAGCAUCGACACCUUAAAGGUCAUUGGUGGUCGAACGCUAGACAAGAAGGCAAUUGUUCGGCAAGAGGCUGCUAUGUGUCUCGCCAAGUUGUAUCGCUCUGCGUAUACCGAUAUAGCCACAUCGAAUAGUCAAAGUGUGGCUCACUUAUCAUGGAUACCUAACGACCUUUUGCACGCCCUCGCUCAACCGAAUGCAGACAUCAGAUCUUUGAUCGAAAAUGUGUUCUUGAACUAUAUUUUACCAUUACCAUCAGACAAGGAUGACGAGACUGCUUGGACACAACAUCUCAUUGUUCUUCUCCGAUGUAUUGACGAAAAGGGGCUUGCAGGUUUGUUCACCAUGGCAGGUUUGCAACCCGGACGAACCAAUCUCUUGGAAUCUUACGUGGCAUGUUGUGACGACGAUAAUGGAGGUCCUGCUGAUGAUGAGCGUGAUGGAGGAGCCGACCAAAAGCUGCAAACUACCAUUCAACGCUUAUCGUCAAACUUACCUGAUCCGAUUAAGGCUGCUGAUGACCUUCGUUCAUUCGCUCAACUGAAAGACAAGCGAUGCUGCAGAUUGCUUCGAUCUAGUAUCGAUGUGAGCUCGGAUAUUAGAACUGUUGUGAAGACUAGGGGCGAGUUUUUCACUCGAUUGGAAAGUAAUGCUGCUUCCAUACUACCCACCUUCCGGUUUCUUUGGCAGAAAUUCGCCGCAUGGAUAGUGAACGUUUCUUCAAUUCUUGCUCUGGUCAAGACUUUCCAGAGUUCCCAUAAUGAAUAUGCCCGCAGCCAUCUGCGCGCAUUGCUGGCCAAAAUAUCAAAAUACAACCCAAACAUCUUGAAGCCUCACGUGAGCGAAUUGGCGAAGGCGCUUGCUGGAACGACUACCGAGCUUCUGGCCGAGGUCGCACUGCAAGCACUCUCUGCUGUCUUCGUGGUUGACCCAGGUUUGGCGCCGUCCGACAAACGUCUUACGGAGCGAGCUACCCAAUAUGCUGAAGGUUCACAGCAUCGGCAAGCGAAGUUUGCUGCACGUUUAUUAGCACAUACUCGGAAUAAAUCACAACUUUCUACUUCUCUGGCUAAGUCACUCGCAACCUCCCUGCCUUCUGCGGAUGCCCCGCACCUUGUUGGCCACCUAUCUGCACUCGCUGAGCUAGCACAGUCUUCGCCGGAUGCAUUCGAGUCCUGCAGCGAAAUUGUCAUGCAUUUCAUUCUGAAAGAUUUGUUCAUGCGCAGUGAGAAAGUGAACAAGACCGAAGACGAAUGGGUAGAUGAACCCGAUGUCCCUUUAACAGCUCGCGCCAAAGAGCUUGCCCUUCGCAUCUGCACUAAUCGUUGCCUGGCCCACGCUGCAAGUGAACAAGCUGUUGACAUUGCAAGACCUGUUAUCAGCCUGCUUUUCAACAUCUUGGAGACCGGGGGUACACCUUUCCAAGGUGUUCAACAAAGUCUCCUCGACAAGUCGCGGAUACGUGCCCAGGCUGCGGUUUCCCUUCUGAGGUUGGCAAGAAUUCCUAUAUAUGACAAGUUGGUCGGGAAGAAAAUGUUGACACUGGCUCUAACAGCUCAGGAUACUUGCUUCGGGGUCCGAAUGUUUUUCAUCAAUAAAAUGAUCAAAUAUAGCACCCGAAUGCAGAUACAACCUCGCUAUAAUGUCAUCCCUUUUCUCACCGUUCACGAUCCGGAAAGCGAGCCCAGGGAAAAGUCACGAUCCUAUGUCAGCAAUUGCAUGCGCCGCCUUCCUCGCAACGCAAAAGUAGCAUGUUUCGAAAUGAUUUUCCCCCGGUUUCUUCAUCUCCUGGCCCAUCAUCCAGAUUUUUCGACUAAUGUAGAUGAUAUCAGCGAAAUGGCAAAAUAUGUUCGAUUUUAUCUUGAUCUGGUUUGCACCGGGGAAAACCUGCCCUUGUUGUGGCAUCUUGCCGGUAGGCUCAAGACCGUUGAAGAUGCAGACAUCCCGCCUUCCGAGAAUGUCUACGUUGUGAGCGAGCUUGCACAGCAUCUGUUGAAGCGACUCGCUGCUACGCAUAGUUGGAGCAUCUCUAACUAUCCUGCGAAAGUGGAGUUGCCUGGGGACAUAUUUCUUCGCUUCCGUGAUUCCGCAGCAGCUGGUGCUGUUCAACGCAAAGUGUAUCUUCCAGAGGACGUACUUCUUCACCUUCAAAAUGAAGCGACAUGGCUCACUAAAUCGAUCCCGACGAAGCGCAGGCGCGCACCAGCCAUCGACAAGGAAAACAUUCCUAAUGCGCCCCGGUGA